GCCACCUCCCCUGUGGAUCCGCGGGUUCUAGACGCCAUGCUGCCGUUUUUCACAGAGCAGUACGGCAACCCGCACUCGCGCACGCACCUGUACGGGUGGGAGAGCGAGGGGGCGGUGGAGGCAGCACGGCGGCAGGUGGCUUCUCUCAUUGGUGCCAGCCCUAAAGAAAUCAUAUUCACAUCGGGGGCCACCGAGUCGAACAACAUUGCCAUCAAGGGCGUGGCUCACUUCUACAAGGACAAGAAGAAGCACGUGAUCACCACACAGACAGAGCACAAGUGUGUGUUGGACUCAUGCCGGCACCUGCAGCAGGAGGGCUUCGACGUCACUUACCUCCCGGUCGGCUCUGACGGUCUCGUCGACAUUGAAACCCUAAAAGCCGCAAUCCGCCCGGACACCGUUCUCGUUUCGAUCAUGACCGUUAAUAAUGAGAUUGGUGUCAUCCAGCCGCUCGCUGAAAUCGGGCAGCUUUGCCGUGCAAACAAAAUAUUUUUCCACACCGACGCAGCUCAGGCGGCGGGAAAGAUCCCGCUAAGUGUCGACGAGCUAAGCAUCGAUCUUCUCUCGCUUAGCAGCCAUAAGAUCUACGGUCCGAAGGGGGUUGGCGCGUUGUACGUGCGCCGCCGACCGAGAGUCAGGCUCGAGCCUCAGAUGAGUGGUGGAGGCCAGGAACGGGGUCUCAGGUCCGGUACCGUGCCUACCCCGCUGGUGGUCGGGCUAGGGGCGGCAUGCGCCGUCGCCGAAGCUGAACUAGAACGCGAUUACCGCCACGCGGAGCGCUUAAAGGAGAGGCUUUUAAAGGGGAUAACGUCGCAGCUGGAAGGGGUGGUGAUCAACGGCUCUGAUGAACCCGGGAAGCGGUACCCGGGCAAUCUGAACCUUUCAUUUGCGUAUGUGGAGGGGGAGAGUCUGCUGAUGGGGUUGAAGGAGAUUGCAGUGUCGAGUGGCAGUGCGUGCACGAGUGCGAGUCUCGAACCGAGUUACGUGCUGCGGGCGCUGGGCGUGGAAGAUGAGAUGGCUCAUACCUCUAUCCGAUUUGGAUUCGGCCGGUUUACCACAGAAGAGGAAGUGGACAGGGCUGUGGCGUUGACAGUGCAUCAGGUGCAGAGGCUGAGGGACAUGAGUCCGCUGUGGGAGAUGGCGUACCCAGUGAUCGACCACACGUACGACGCGGUGGUGGUGGGGGCGGGCGGGGCGGGGCUGCGGGCGGCCAUUGGGCUGUCGGAGAGCGGAUUUAACACGGCCUGCAUCACCAAGCUCUUCCCCACGCGCUCGCACACUGUCGCCGCACAGGGCGGCAUCAACGCGGCGCUGGGAAACAUGACAGAGGACGACUGGCGCUGGCACAUGUACGACACCGUCAAGGGCAGCGACUGGCUCGGCGACCAGGACGCGAUUCAGUACAUGUGCGAGCAGGCGCCCAAGGCGGUGAUAGAGCUGGAGCAUUACGGGCUGCCCUUCUCUCGCACUGAUGAUGGCCGCAUCUACCAGCGCGCCUUCGGAGGACAGAGCCUGGACUUUGGCAAGGGCGGACAGGCGUACAGGUGUGCGUGUGCAGCGGAUCGCACGGGGCAUGCGCUGCUGCACACUCUGUACGGGCAGGCCAUGAAGCACAACACUCAGUUUUUCGUGGAGUACUUUGCACUCGACCUGAUCAUGGACAAGGAGGGUGCCUGUCGGGGAGUGAUCGCGCUGAACAUGGAGGAUGGCACGCUGCACCGCUUCCGAUCCAACUCCACCAUUCUGGCUACCGGGGGGUACGGGCGUGCCUAUUUCUCUGCCACGUCAGCACACACGUGUACCGGCGACGGCAACGCCAUGGUGGCGCGUGCGGGGCUGCCCCUGCAGGACCUGGAGUUCGUGCAGUUCCACCCCACUGGGAUUUAUGGAGCUGGUUGCCUUAUCACCGAAGGGUCGCGUGGAGAAGGAGGAAUUUUGCGCAACAACGAGGGAGAGCGGUUCAUGGAGCGAUAUGCCCCAACAGCCAAGGACCUGGCGUCCCGCGACGUCGUCUCCCGAAGCAUGACCAUGGAGAUCCGUGAGGGGCGCGGGUGCGGCCCUUUGAAGGACCACAUCUAUCUCCAUCUGGACCAUCUGCCCCCUGAAGUGCUCAAGGAGCGUCUGCCUGGGAUCAGCGAGACUGCCGCGAUUUUCGCUGGCGUUGAUGUGACGAAAGAGCCGAUCCCGGUGCUGCCGACGGUGCACUAUAACAUGGGAGGCAUUCCGACGAACUAUCAUGGCGAGGUGGUAGCACCCAAGGGGGAUAACCCUGAUGUGGUCGUGCCAGGCCUCAUGGCAGCAGGGGAGGCGGCGUGUGCAUCGGUGCACGGGGCCAACCGCCUGGGCGCCAACAGCCUGCUGGAUAUCGUGGUGUUCGGCCGGGCGUGUGCUAACAGGGUGGCUGAGAUUCACAAGCCAGGUGCACCACAGCCUCCUCUGCCAGCGGAUGCGGGGCAGAAGACGAUUGAGUGGAUGGACAGGCUGCGAUACGCCAAGGGCGAGCUCAGCACGGCCAAGAUCCGAGGGAACAUGCAGCGAGUGAUGCAGAACAACGCCGCUGUGUUCCGCACGCAGGAGACCCUGGCGGAAGGGUGCGAGUUGAUUGACGAGACAUGGAAGUCGUUCGAGCAAGUGGGGGUGACGGAUCGCAGCCUGGUGUGGAACACUGACCUCGUGGAAACAAUGGAGCUGGAGAAUCUGCUCACCAACGCGCUCAUCACCAUGCACUCUGCUGAGGCGAGGAAGGAGAGCAGAGGGGCGCAUGCUAGGGAGGACUUCCCGAGCCGUGAUGACACCAACUGGAUGAAGCACACUGUCGGGUAUUGGGAUGACGGCAAGGUUAAGCUUGAUUAUCGUCCGGUGCACCUGAACACUCUUGACGAUCAAGUGCAGACCUUCCCACCCAAGGCUCGGGUGUACUAA